UGCCUCCAGCGAGAUGGUCUGAGAACAUCCCAAUACUCCGUCGAUGCCCCGGUGAAACGACUUGUGGACAAACCAGCAAAUGGCGAGGAGUCCCAGCGGACCUAUGCUGGCAAGAUAACCCCCCCUCCCUUCACUCGUGAAGGAAAGUGGUUCUGGGAGAUCGCGUACGAGGAUCAAGAUGCAUUGGCUGUCCUGGAAGUUGAAGCUCUUGCAAGGACGAUCAAUUUCUCCUUCCAAAUGGGGCACAACAUUGUUCCCAACUAA